AUACAAGUAGCUAGAUUGUUUUUCUUUUUUUUUUUGAGAUUAAGUAGUUAGAUUGUUAGAAGUUGGUUUCUCAUUUAUGAUUGUUUCAACUUACAUUAAAUUCAAAUACCCACCAUUUUAUUUUAUACUAAAGACCCACUUAUAUUUUCACAUUCCACCUCGAUUUUUCAUUUCUCUCCUAAAAACAAACUCACACUAUAAACACUCACCAAAAUCAUAGCAAGAACAGAGGAAAACAGAGCAAAAAAACAGGGGAAGCAAUAAAAAAUGGGGGUAUUCGGUAAAACUACGAUUUGGGUAAUUGUGAUAAUUUGCUUAGUUUCAAUCCAAAAUGGGAAAGGACAAUCCCCCACUCCGGCUCUGGCUCCGGCCCCGAUGAUGAUGGGGGGUUCUCCAACGGGUAGUGCUCCGGGGGAUGAUUGUAUGAAUUUGCUAUUAAAUAUGUCAGAUUGUUUAUCAUAUGGUCAGAAAGGGAGUAAUUUGACUAAACCAGACAAGAAUUGUUGCCCAGAACUUGCUGCUUUGUUGGAUACAAACCCAAUUUGUUUGUGUGAAUUGCUUGGAAAAACAAAGGAUUUUGAUUUGGAUCUUAAUAGAGCUCUUAAACUGCCUUCUCUUUGUAAGCUUGAUACUCCUGAUAUUAGCUUGUGUUCAAUGGCUGGAUCGCCAGCAGGAGCACCAGAAGGAUCGCCAGCAGGAGCACCAGAAGGAUCAUCAGCAGGAGCACCAGCAUCUAGCGGCGGUGAAGCUCCUUCUGCGUUAUCACCAGGAGGGAUUUCGCCGGAUGCAGCUGCGACUGCAAAAGGGAAGAAUGGAGCCUCAAGUGUUGAUGUCACUGUAGCUUAUGUUGUUAGUAGCUUAGCAAUUGCAUUCACAUUGCUUAAACUUUGAUGAACCAUCACAAUUCAUAAUAACCAUGUUGUUUAAUUUUAUUUAUUUCACCAUUCAAAUUUGUAUUUGUACUGCUGAAAUACAUUUCUGUACUUAAUUUUACUUUCCAGUUUUUAAUUUUUAAAGAAUUAAUCGUGAAUUACAGCUUAAUGUUUAA